AUGUCCGUCACAAACGCCAUCCAAAUCUCCUGCGACGGCGACCUCACCGCCGGCCGGCCACGCUUCACAGCCAUCUCCCACGACCCGCGAACGAUGCGCGAUCGCCGUGAAGCAAAAAGGUCUGAACCCCAACUCCCUUUCUACACAGGCUGCAGCAUCCCCAGGGAAGUAGGCCUCCCCAUCUGGCUAGUGCGGACAACCUACCACGGCAACCCCAACGCUGGCCACGAAGAGCAGAAGUUCUUCAACAACGACGUCGCGGCAAACCUCACCGCUGUGUGGUUCUAUUACGAGAGGAGAUUCGAGAAAGAGAAUGUGGGCAAGAGGCCGGGGAGCGUUAGGAAAGGGUGGGGAAGUGACGGGGCGAGUAAGUUGGGGAGGGUUUUUGUGGAGUCGCAAAAAGGGGCGGAGAUCACGGUGCAGCAUGUGGAGGUCUUGUGCGAUUGGUGCGCUUUGUACAGGAUCGAGGUCGAGAAGGAUGUGAGCGCGGCGAUGAAGAGGUUCUCGGACCCGAAAGCGUUUGAGGAGUUUUGGAAGAUGAGGAAGGCGGAGAAGGAGGGAGUCGAUAAGGAGUGGGCUGAUGCGAAGUUGCCCGCUGAAUUGCAGGCAGGCAAUGGAGACGGAAACGAGGAGCUGAGGCUCAAUUGUGCAACAUCUUCUGUGGAUAGUUAG